AUGCCUUGGCGCCAAUUUAUUGUGCUCCCGACUUGGUGCGGGAAGGGCCCGUCGUCGCACGAAACCGACGCGAUCGCAAAGCCGAACCUGAACAAUCUGCCCGGCGAAAUACUGAUCAACAUCGCCGAGUACCUCCAAACCGAAAUCUUCCCGGCGAGCGACCCGGAGCGCACUUAUACAUCAAUUGAUGGCAUGACAUGCCAGUAUUACCCAUGGGCGCCACACUUCCCUGCUUCGUACCGUCACCACCAUGACGAGGUAAAGGGUUUCCGUAGACGACAUGCCGACCGCAAAACAUUGGCCCACUUGCGCAGAGGAGGACGUCCGAAGCCAUGCAGAGAUGUCAUCAACUUUUCACUCACGAGCCGACGGAUAUUCUUCGCUCUAUAUGUGAGCCGCUACCGCGCACCGGUCGCUGUGAGUAAUAGGAGUGUACGAAGCCUGCUUGCCAACAUUGCCAAACGGAACCAUCUUCAAGACUUCGUCCGCGAAAUGACUGUUGUGUAUGAUAUGUUCGAACAGUCAAGUUGCGAAUCGUGGAACUGGUUCCCGCUGCUUCGAUUGAAGAAUCGCAUCAACGCAGACGCUCUGGAGCUGAAGAUUUUGAGAAGCCUGGACGUUGCCCUGGAGCCGUGGGUGAAGGAGCCAAAGCACGUCGUGGAGUGGUGCAGACUUCUACCCAAGCUCCCCGCCUUGGAACGCAUUUCGUUCAAACACUUCAGGGGCCUCGAACUGCAUCUACCACACUUGCCUCGAAUCACCGAGGCGCACUUUUACAACUGCGCGCCCUGGAAUCCAAGUUGGCGGGACACACGACCGCAGGCAGAAUCGAUCUUGAAAAAGCUGCCAGCUCUUCGAUCGCUGGCCGCCUACAACUCACUCCACGCCUCCUGGGGUGUUGAUGAUUGCAAGUCGCAACAUUUCGAUCAUAUCGCACCCCAGCUAGAGUUCCUCGGCUGGUCGCACAAGCAUUCCGGCGCGUGUCUGAACAGUUUCCUCGAAGCCGAGGUUCCGUUGUCUCGCCUGACGAUGGUCAAGCGUCUCAGUCUCUGUUGGUACCAUUUCCUUGGAGACUUUCGAGCUUCACACGGUGUUUAA